AUGAGUGCCAGCCCAGACAUAGUCAAACAAUACCACGACACCAUCGAAACUCAGCUGAACCAAGGAAUCAUCGAGAGAGUCGAUGAAACCAGAGAAUCUGACGGAGACGUGGUCCAUUAUCUGGCGCAUAGAGCAGUCGUCACGCCGCACAAAACCACAACGAAGCUGAGAAUAGUUUUCGAUGCUUCGGCCCAUUUGAAAGAAUCUCCAUCACUUAACGACGUGCUCCACAGGGGACCGGUUAUGCUCCCUAAGCUAUGUGAUAUCCUCCUACGCUUCAGGAUAGGAAAUGUGGCCAUCACCAAUGAUGUUGAGAAAGCAUUUCUACAAGUUAGGAUUCAUCCGUAG